GAGCUCCGGCCUUUGAAUUUCUAUCAAGUUAAAACGAAAUUAUAUUUUAUGACAAUAUUUGAGUUUUAGGGGACACGCUACAUGCCAGAAUGUCCGAUUCGGAUACGAAUCCCACGCAGGAGCCGGAUCGGCCAGCACCAAACGUUGGAAAACCCGCCAAGGAGCGCCAAGCAAAACCGCCAGUACGAUAUAGCAAAGCGAAGCGCCAAUUUCAAUGCUGCGUCGCCAAGGAAUACUACAGUGAGUACUCCAACAUGGUGGACACGCUGCACAUAACGCCGCGGAUGAUGAUACACAACAAGUGCUUUAGGGUCAACAGUACCUACGGUCUGACCCUCAAUAUCAAGAACACCGGACUGUUCCCUCGCUUGAUCAAUGUAACCACCGACAGUCCGGAGGACACUUCUAUUUCGAUACCGGAACUGGACCUGCAUCGUUACUUGAACACUGACGAAUCGCUGGAAGUAAAGAUCUGGAUCAGAGCCUCCUCCAAACGGGACAUCAAUCGCAGACGCCACAUCCUGGUCGAGUGCUUCCAUCCGAACAUCAUCUUCCAAGUGCCCAUAGUUGUACUGGACAAGCUGGAAAAUCCCUCGAUUAGCGACACAAUCACCUUUCCCAGCUGCGUGCCCGGCAACAAGACGCACUAUGAGAUGAUCAUCUACAAUCCAACCAAAGAUCUUGUCCGAGUGCGAUACAGAAACACCAAUCGUGGCCUGCAGAUCAGUAAUAACAAGGACAUCCUGCCGCCGAAGGAUUACGGCAAGCUCCUGCUGGUUAUACAGCCGAAAAAACUGAACGUCUACAGGGGUUUCUUCAACAUCAAGUUUGGAGUGUUGCCCCCCAAACCGGUGAUGUUCUUCUUCACGCCCAAGUCCAUGGGUGUACACUUGAGCAUCGGCAGUGUGCUCUUUGGCAUGACCAAGUUUUCACGAGAAGAUGUGCGCACGGUAACCGUGUGCAAUGAGACGCCCCACGAAGUCUUUGUCGCUGGCAAGUUCUACUCCGAGCCGUUGAUGGGUAGCGAUAGCCAGGACAUGGAUGGCACUCUCUCCAACAAACUGAUCGACGAUGCCGUCAGCAUGCACAGCGUCCUGCUGUACGACUUCGAGGAGAACACGAGUGUCCAGAACGUUCAGAUCGAUGCAGAUGCGGCCAAGCACUUCGACUACGAAGUGCCAGCCAGGAUUGGGUCCGCUUCGUCCGCUGAAAUCCGAUUGAUUUUCCGUCCGAACUAUAAUCCCGAAAAUCCAUUUUCGGACGACGUGGAGCCACCGUACUUCCAGCGCACUCGAGCCACCUUUUGCUUCACCGACUCCCAGGAGUGCAUCGAAUCGCACAACGUCAUCCUCUCUGGUUCAAUCGGUGGCGUCGACAUGGAGUUCCAUCCGAAGGUGAUUGACUUCCGGAAGAUCUACCUGGGCGAAGAGCACUGCGCCCAGAUCAAGGUCCUCAAUGUUGAUGAUGUGCCCGCCAAAGUUGUGUACACAGAUUGCUCGGAUCCCGAUGGGUCCGGAAUUCGCAUCACGCCAGCCGAAGGAUUCUUUCUGGAGCCGUGCACACGCGGAAUCUUCAACCUGUCCUUUUACACGCUGCUGCCCUCUCGGUUCACCAACACUUUGCGCUUCAAGGUGCAGAAUGGAGCCCACUACAAGAUCUCACUGAAAGGCGCCGGACAGCCGGUGCAGCUGCGCACUUUCCCCCAGCUGGUGGAGUUCGGAAGCAUUCCGAUUGCGGUGCCCCAGAAGCGGUACAUGCUCCUCAUGAAUCCGCUGGCAGUGCCCAUUACGCUCCAGGUGAAGGCGACGGAAGAUGGCGAGGAAACUCCGCUAGUCCUCAACAUACGCAGCGCCACAGAGAUGCUGCCCGUAACUGUGCGGGAUCCCAUACGGCAUCUGCAGCAGGUGCACGAGGAUCUACAGUGCCAGCAGCUAGAGGAAUCUAAAGAAGUCCACCUCACGAUCACCGAGCCGGAACUGUUGUCUGUGCACUCAGUGAAGUCGACCGAUUCCGUCUAUAGUUCGGAGUUCGAGGAGGAAGUGAUGGAACCCAUUCCGCAAAUGGCCGCCCAUCUGCUGACCAGCCUGAAGAAGCAGAAGAUCUUCGAAAAAUCAGAGACCGAUCGCCGAGUCAUCCAAGAGGCGCUGAUGGGUCUGCUCAACUCCAAGUACUUCUCCGUGUUCACCAAGCACAACAAUUACAUUUUCAUGGACUGGAACGCCGUCCCCAGCGAUCCACGUGAAGUGUUCUGUGACAAUGAGAUAAUCUACCUGCGUCCAAACACCGGGCGCAGCAUCACCAUCCUUUUGGUGCCCAACAAGGUGGGCUACUUCCACCGAUCGCUGUCCGUCCGGAUUUGUCCUGUCGUCGCAAGCCCUUCCUUGGAAUCCAGCGAUGAUCACCCCAUUAUGAAGGCUAUGAUCAAGUCGGAGUUCCUCUGCUCGAAGCUCUGGUUUGAGUACAACUGCGUUGUGCCCGAUAUAGUUUGGUCCAACAUGGUUGACCUCUCCAGUCGCAUCAUAUACGCUGGCGAGGACUACGACUUUGAGAUGAACUUCACCAACCGAUCAACCAUAGGGGCCUUUCUUCACUUUGAUGUGGUUCCCAACGACAUGACUUUUCGCGACGGCAUUUGGAAGUUCUUCAUCGACGGCGAAUCGGAAGUCACUGCCAAGUGCGCGGUCACCUUCCGCUCGUUGGGCAGCACCAGGCUAUCGGGUCUGGUCAGUGUGGUGGGCGCCAAACGACCAUACGCCUUCCACCUGUUCGCCAACGUUUUGCCUUCCGAGAUUCGGAUUACACCGAUGUACGUGCACCAGCGCCUACAGGUCUACGAGAAAAGUGUGGUCCACUUCUAUAUCGACAACUACACUCCCACGCUCACGAAGCUCAGCAUGCGGCUGAAAGAUAUAGAAUUCCAGUAUCUGACGUCGAGGGGAGGAGCCCUGGCUUCCACGGGACAGAGCAUGUACACCACCCUGGUGUCGGUGUUCACCGAUCCCGAUUUGUACCAGAACACUCUGUACAUCGACCUUCAGUUCGAUAAUGUGAUGAUGCUGCCCAUCACCUUUCUGGUGGAGGGGGUGCCCCUCUACUUUGAGCCCGAUAUCCGCAAGGGAUUCGAUGCGGGAUUGCUGUACACCGAUACUAAGGAGCAGUUCCAGGAGAGCAUUUACCACCACCGCUUUCCAGUACGAGUGAUCAACAAGGGUCGUCGCGCUUAUCGCGUCCUGAUAAUCCGACUAAAUUCCUAUGGACCGGAGGCCAAUGUGACAUCGGGCUGUGCCACCAACGCCCUAACAUCCCGAUUCGACAUGGAACCGAAGAACAUCUACUUGUCGCCCAGUUGCGAGAGUCAACUGGACAUCCUGGCCAGCUCGUAUGUGGAGGGACACGCCACCGGCGACUUCCUGCUGCAGGUCAUCGACCAAAAGUACCCGCAACGCAAGCACAUCAUAAGGAUUAGGACUUCCGCCGACUUUGUGGACUGUCAACUGCAUUGGAUCCCAAAGCAGCUAAACUUUAACUACAAGCGCUGUGAGCCACUGAAGGAACGAUCCUAUGUGGAGACGCCAGUACUGUUUAAUCCCUGUUCGUUGCCAAUCGCUGAGGUCACACUCCAGGUGACCGGUCCAUUCAGAAUUAAGGAGUUCUACGAAGACACCUACGAAAAAGAGAUUAGGAUUAGCAUGAAUGACUUGGAGCGUAAGGAGAUCUUUGUGAUUCUCAACAGAGGUGGCCUGAAGAACCAAUAUUGCCGCCAAAUCGAAGGAAGGAUCAUGGUUAUGGCGCUGGGAAAGCAGCUCAAAUCCCUUCCCCUACGGCUGGCCAUAAUGGUGCCGGAUGUGGUGAUCCUGCAACCCGAUCUCGUCCUCUUCGAUCGCGGCGAGGCCUACGACAGCAUCAUCAAUCUGGUCAACCAAGGCUGUAUGCCAGCCGAGUUCAAGUGGAAGAGGCUGGAGACCACCGAGGUGUACAUAGGCGACGAGGAUGACCCGAAUGGCAUAGCUGGUGAAAUUCUCUCCGAGAUUCUGCGGAUGCUGGAGUACGACUUCAGCUGCGAGGACCAGCCAAAUAUGACAAAGAGAUACCAGGAGUGUCGCUGCCAGUUUCGUCGAUUUGAGGAGGAGGGCGAUUUUAUUCUGGAUCUCCUGGACGACGUCAUCAACGAUAUGGACUUGAGGCACAAGCCAUUGCUAUUCCCGCCAAAGGAUCCCACCGACGACCUGGAGGACAGCGAUCAGAGCUCGACAAGUGUGGUGCGGGAAACCAUAUCGGACAUUCUUAAUCGCUUGCACAUCGAUUCCAGCGAUCAGUGGUCGGAGCCUUCUUCGGAGUAUUGCUUCUCGAGUCGCUUCAUCUAUUUCUACGAGAAGAGAGGCGUUGUCGAUCACAUGGAUUUGGAGUGCAAGCUCCAUCUGCCGCACAUCCGGCGGAACCACGAGAUGCGGGCCGUCUUUGAGUUGGUCAUCCUGGGCGGACGUACUCAGCGAUUCACCGUUACACUGGUCAAUCUGCCGCAGAAGAUAAAGUUCCACAAGGAGAGCAUCUACAUGGGCAUUAAGCCCUGGUACGAGACCUUCGAUACCACGCUGCGUGUCAACAACUUGAGCAGGUAUCCGCUCCAGUUGGUUGUCGUCGAGGUGAAGGCCCCGGGCAGCAAGGAGCAGGCCCGCGAGAAGCGUCUGGUGGACGGGUACUGCAAGCUGGUGACCAGUGAUAUUAUGCAGCUGGAGCCACUCGGAGCGAAUCAGAUACGUGUGAAGGGCAUUCUCGGUUUCAGCGAGAGCUUCCGCCAUUCCUUCGGAGCGAUGAUCAACAACAGCGACUCCAGCUACUUUCAUCUGAGGGGGCAGGGCGUUAUGCCCAUGCUGGAAAUGGCUUCUCCACUGCCUUCUGCGCCUAUGGAUCCCUUGGAGGUGGAGGAGGAGUACCGGAUGCUGCAAAAGAUUUAUCACUACGAGAUAUUUCGCUCCAUCACGGAGGUCGAUGAAGAGCCGAAACGCGCGGAUGGCGAGGAGGAGAACCAAGUGGAGGAAAAACCAUCCAUCACCGAGGAUUUCUCUUUGCUCUCCGCCAGCGAGUCCGAAAUGUCCUCCGAGCGGAAGGAAGCGCACGAUUUUCAACUCUUCCGCAUGGUCCACACCUACGUGAUGGUGAACAACAACCAGGAGCUGCCCCAUGCCACCGUCCUGAGGCAACUGAUCCUGGCGGAGCGGUACCUAAAGCGACUCCGCUCAAAUCAGGAGUUGUACAAGCUGCACCAGCAGGUCCAUCAAACCUACCAAAAGAUGCACAAUUCACCGGGACUCAAACAGUCGGCUAUGGUGAAGCACUUCACCGUCCAACCCAUUCCGUGCGAGCAGCACGGUUACGUCCUUGACCUGGGUUCCAUGGCCAGGAACUCCGUGCGGCGCUUCCAGCUAAAGCUGCACUUCUUCGGACCCGGCAAACUCAUUGCAGCAGCACGCACGGCCGUCAGGAUUCCGGGCUUAUAUGUGGACUUCAAUGUCACGGAUGCCAAGCACUCCGACAAAAAGUUCUCCUUCUGGGCUGAGAAGUGCACGGCACUGGAGUAUUUUAAGAAAAAGUACAGGAAUAUGAUGGAGCGACUGAUGGACGCGGAGCAGGAUCCCAAGGUGAAGCACGCCCACUCCUUUGACCUGGACACUAUGGUCCAGCACCAGCGGGAUCUGGCGCCCAAGGACCGACGCCUAAUCGAGGAAUACUACAACAGCCUGAACCGUUCCGUUUAUCCAGACCACAAGCACCACUUCACGCUGGCCAAGAUCUUCUCAGGCUGCUUGUCCAACUAUUCCGGAGUGGACGUGACCAUGGUUGGGCUCUUUAAGCCGGAGUCGCGGUUCUACAAGAAGGAUCAGCACGUGGAGGACUACCUCUUCAUCGAUUUGCACAUGGGACCGACUCUUCCCAUCCUACUGAAGGCCGUGCUCGUAUCCUAGUGAAGUCCUUAAGAUUUGUAUGCAUUUAUUGUGGGUUUCAUUCCAUUCGGAGUGUAUGGGGGCUUCUUAGUCUUAUGUGCAGUAAUAAAGCUUAUACUCCAAAGUCCUCAGCAGUACAUGUUGAGCUGGCGGAAGAAGUAGUGGAAAAUGAGCAGAACGCAGAAGGAGCUGGUCACGGGCAGACCAGCCGCCUUGAUCCAUCCGAGGAUGUUGAAGUCGUCCGGGUAGAACUCGAACUGCUCCGUGGGUAUCUCGCCGCAGUUGGAGAUCACCACGGGUUCCACGGGGAAGUCAUCCGUAUCGGUUUUUACCUGGAACGAAAAAUGUGUCAGAAAAAGUUUCUUACAUUUCUGUGUGGUGGCUAUGCGUUUAAGCCACGAUUGUGGUUCCGGUUUGCUUGAAUACUCACAUCCUCAAUGGCAUAGAUGGUGUCCAUUCCCUCCAGCACCUUGCCGAAAACGGUGUGCUUUCCGUCCAGCCACUUGGCGCCCACGGUGGUCACAUAAAACUGGCAGCCAUUGGUGUCCGGGCCCCGAUUGGCCAUGCCCAAGUAACCGGGUCUGUUGUGCUCCACCGCCAGAGCCUUAUCCUCGUCCGGAAAGUAGUCCCCAUAGAUGCUAAUGGAGCCAGUUCCGUCGCCGUUCACAAUGUCGCCGCCUUGGACGAGAAAGCGGUCCACCACGCGAUGGAAUCGCGAGCCCACGUAGCUGGUCCCGUUGAUGCCGCGCAAGCAAAUGUGCCGGAAGUUGGCCACCGUCUUGGGAGCCAGCUUCCCGAACAGUCCAAACGUGAUCCUGCCCACCGGCUUCUUGUUGUGCUUCACAUCCAUGUAGAUCCGAGACGUGACCGUGAAGCUCAGACCACUGGCCACGGCCAGAAAGGCGCUGCACAGGAUUAUCCGAUUGAGCAAUGACUUCAUGAUUUUACGGACCUAACGCGCUGAUGAAAUACACGUAACUGAAACGAAGACUGGACUGUGGAAACUAUACGAGUAGAAAGUCAAUUCUGGGUCGCGGGCCUGGAAACGGAAGCCACAAAAGUUUCAGGUUAAGUGCAAGCACCGCAUGAUGAUGGCAUACCCUCUGCAGACAUCGAUUUCAGCACCCGGC